AUGAGCGUCACCGGCAAUGCCACCGCCGUCCGCCGUACGGAUAUCGAUACAGCGGACGAGCUGACGCCCUGGACGAUCUCGAACAAGUACUACACCGCGCCUGUCUCAUUCCGGUCGCACCACCUCCACCUCCCCCUCCCCGAUCCCCACCCUGUAGUGUUGUACCUCUUCUCAGGCUCCGCUCCCAACCCCCUUCCACCGGCUUUGACGCGCCUCUCAGUCGCCGACCCGGCCCCCGACAUUGCUCUGGCUGUCCGUCUGGGCUCUUCCUCGCCUGAGCAAGAUGAAGAACGCUUCGACGAGCUCGGCUUCGAGUUGAUUGAUGAAUCUGGCGCUGCCGAGGACGACGACGAGCGACCCCUCGAUCCUCUUGAGAUCGUUCGGCAGACGCUCAUGACGCACAUGUGGCCUACCAUGAUCCGCAAAGCGCCGGGCCGUCACGCCGCGGGUCCCGAACAGCGCCUACCCCCAGGCAUUGUGGAGCGGCAGCGGGUCCCAACUAUGGACUACGCGACGUUCCCUGUAACGUUUGGUGCCGGCGGAUCAGAAGACGCCGAGCGACCAGCGGGCCCAGCAAGCGACUUUCCAGUCGGGUACGACGCUGUGUCGCAAGAUCCUGUUCGCGAGGCGGAAGAAACCGACGAGGAGAGUGAAGGGUUCGGGGAGUUCGCGGGACCUGGACAGGAAGAGUACGCCCGUCUUGACGAGUGGCUGGAGGGCGAUGGGGACGAGGACAUGCCCGUUGUGCACAACGGGUUAACCCCUGAGGGCGAGGCCCCAUCCGAGGCCGUUCCUGCAGCAGCUUCCCUUGCCUCAGCUCCCAACGGCGCGGAGGCGGACACCGUGGCUGCUGGCUUCGAGGACGAUUUCGACGCGAAUGAGUCUACCACCGACCCGAACCUCCCACUCGACCCAACGCCUAUCCUCCUGCAUCUCCAAAACGUGCGCGCCGAGCUCGCCGACGUUGGGGACGAGGACGAGCGCCGCGUGCGCGCCGGCGCGGAAGUCGCGCGCCUGAUGCGCAGUCUGGGCUUGGGCGGCGUUGACCUAGGACUCGACGAUUUCGACGACGACGAGUUCCGCAUGCCAUAG